GCCCGCCCCGCUCCUGCAGUGGCUCCUCCGGGGGCGCAGGCGGCGGUGCCGCCCGGCUUCGCCGCUGAGCGCGGCUGCCCCAGCGCCCUCAGCCCCGCCGAGAUGAACCCGCGGCUGCGGCACUGGCGGGAGGCGGCCACGCUGCUGCUGGCGGCGGGCACGCCGGGCCGGCCGCCGCGCUCGCCGCUCGGCCCCUUCGACUACGAGCUGCUGCUGCUGCGCCGGAGCUCCCGCAGCGGUUUCAUGCCCGGCGCCCACGUGUUCCCGGGUGGACUGGCGGAACCGGCGGAUUUCUCCGCCGAGUGGCUGGGGCUGCUGCCCGCCUCGCCGCUCUGCGGGCUGGGCGCCGUGAAGCCGCCGCCGCCCGGCGGCAGCCGCGCCCCGAUCUUCGCCACCGAUCGGGAGAGCCUGGGCUCGCAGCUGCCGGGGGAAGUCGCCUUCCGCAUCUGCGCUCUCAGGGAGACCUUCGAGGAGGCGGGGAUCCUGCUGCUGGUGCCGGGGCGCGGGCCGGCCCCGCCGCUGCCCGCCGAGCGCCUGCCGCCCGCCGCCGAGCUCGGGGAGUGGCGGCGCCAGGUGCGGCAGGACGCGUCCUGCUUCCUGCGGCUGUGCCGGCACCUGGGCUGUGCGCCCAACAUCUGGGCGCUGCACGAGUGGAGCAACUGGCUGACUCCCGUGGGCAGGGCCGGCCGCGGCGGCCGCCGCUAUGACACGGCUUUCUACCUGUGCUGCCUGGAGGAGCGGCCGCCCCACGUCUCGCAGGACGACCAGGAGGUGACAGCCGUCCUGUGGUCAUCACCUCCAGAAGCCAUUGAACGCUUUAAGUCUCAAGAGAUCUGGUUUCCUCCACCUCAGUUUUAUGAAUUCUGCAGGCUGUGCAACUUCUCUUCGCUCGGGGAGCUCCAGAAGUUCAGCUCCGCGCGCGCCCUCGAGGGCUGUGAGCGCUGGAUGCCAGUGAUGCUGAGUGCUGCAGAUGGAUUCAUCCAGCUGCUGCCGGGAGAUCAGUUAUAUCCAGAAGAUCCAGAUUAUACUGGAGAAAAGAAAAUGAUUAUGUCAACAGAUAAGAAGGUUGAAGAUAUCAUGAAAGAAGGUGGCGCAUUUCACAGGAUAGUAAUAAAAAACAUCAACAAUCUUGCUGUCUAUGUUAAUAUUCAAGCAAAAUAUAAGCAUAUAAAUCCACUGAUGAUGAAGUGUGACAAUUCAGAUUAUAAUAGCAGAUUAUAAUAUGUCUUUGGUUUAAAUCAAUAAUAUUUUUAAUUACAUAUAUGCUCACUGUGGUUUUGGUGCUUUUUAACUGUUGCCAAAUAGUCACGAAAAUGUUCCUCUGUCCUGCCAAAACAUUAUAUAUGUGUGUGUGAUGUCACAUUUAUGUGUAUCUGAUCUCUUGAGUCUUUAAAAACAGCAGUUAGGCCGCUGUUGGGUCACAAAGGUCCUCUUCUCACUGAAAAUUUAAGUAUGUAUUAUGUUCAGAACAAGCAGAGAAGAGCUGAAGGAUUCUUUUACUGUGUUUCCCAAAGUUACCCACUAGAUAACUGCAGUGUGUGUCUAGAAAUGAAUGAAAUCUCCCAUUCCAUAUUUGUUGACAAUUCCCACUCUGUUCUCUCUUUCAUUCUGGGGAAAAGCAAUUUAUGUAUAGAUGCAUAUAUAUAUAUAUAUAUAUAUAUAUAUAUAAGUUAACUAAAAUGAACUUUUAAAAAGAAUAUUAUAAAGUUAAUUUUUAUAUUUUAUAUACUUAAAUUCUUUCUACUAAUGGUAACAUUCAUUCAAAACUACGAUUUUCAAAGGUAGACCUAAUUUAAUUGAAGUCAUCUAUGGAAUUGAGUGCAUUCUUUUUAUCAAUGUAUUUUUUUAUCUUCAUGUUGUAAGCAAUUAAAAAAAAUUAAAAAGUAUAAUUUUUUAGAUCCAAAAAGAUAACAACUUAAGGAAAUAAUAUCCUCCUUGAACAACCCACUUCCAUAUUCUAACAUCCCACUUUUUGCUUCUUCACUAUUUUACUAAUAUAACUGAGAUUUAAGAACUUCAGAGGAAAAAUUGCUGCUUAGUUUUUGGUUUGGAUUUUUGUUUUGUUGGAUUUGUGCUUUAUGCAAUAAGUGGAGUCAAUAGAGCAGUUUUAUAAAUUCUUUAUGUGGAUGGAGAAUGGAUGAUGACUUCAGGUUAGUCAGUAAAGUUGUUCAGAAAGCUUUGUUCCAGCUUUUGUUCUGUGUUUCAAUAAAAACCUUUUGCAACAAUUACA